AUGUCGAAGGAUUUAGUCCUUUUAUAUUGCACGCAACAGAACCGUCCGUUCAACGCGACCAACCUCGCGGACGCGUUGCAAAAAGAAGGCGUGAAAAAAGCCACCGCGCAGAGGUAUUUAGAUAAUUUGGUCGAGGAGAAGAAAUUAUCGUUUAAAGAGAGUGGGAAAUCAAAACUGUAUUACGCGUUGCAACCGGAGGAUGUUUUGGGAAAAGAAGAGGUGCACGCGUUGGAAUUGGAGGUGAAAACGAAAACGGAGCAAGUUAUGGCGAAGAAGCAAGAGAUUCAGAGGAAGAUGCGAGAGUUGCAGACGCAUAAGAAUCAGAUUUCAGUGAAGGAAAUUCGAGAGGAAACGACGAAAAAAACGAAAGAGAACGGAGAGAUUAUGAACAAGGUGAAACCGUUGAAGGAGAAGUUGAUGGCGCAACAACAGAAAAAAGAUGAAGAAAGAGGAGGAGGCGAAAAGGACGCGCUAAAAGAAGCCAUGAAAGCGCAAAAGGAAACGGAAAAAAAAUUCGUGACGCAUUGUGAGACGUGGUUGAAACGCAAGCGCGCGUUUCGCGAUAUCGCGGCGACUAUAGUCGAAGGGAGCAGCGUGAAGGAGAAAGAUUUGAUGAAACAGUUGGAAAUCGAAACAGAUGAGGCGAAUGGGGUGGAGGAGAAGGAGUUCAGAGCUUUAUUGGACGGAUUGAAGAAGAAGAUGAGAGCGGACGAGAUGAAUAAGAUGAUGAACAAGAAGAGGAAAUUGACUGCGGCGUAA